GUUCAUUCAGCUUUGUUCAUGUCAAAGAGAAAGGAAAGAGAGUUUGGAGUGGUUGGAUUUAUGAAAUUAAUAUAAAUAUUCAAUAAAUCAAAGUACUGCGUUAUGGUCACACAUUACUAGUUUUUUGUCACAUGUAUAGCAUAGUUUAAUUACAUCUUAAGAAUAUGCAUUACCUCUUUAUUUCAUUGCAUAUCUAAAUGCUAAUAUAAAAGCAAAUAAAAAAAUAAUUUCUCUAAGUAAGACAUAUCGCAAGGCAUAUCGCCAUCGCACCCACCAACAGAACUAUCGCAUAUCGCAUAUUUUCUCAUUAUCGUGCAGCCCUAUCAACAACUAUCUUCAGCUUUUGUCAAGAUAGGCGAAUGGGGCCAGCAACGGUGUAAUCAGCACAGUUUCCCUUCACAAGGACAACGUUUCCAGGAGAACUGGCAGCAGAAAGAACGAGAGAACAGGAGAGCAAAGCAGCGGCGGGAAAAUAAGAAAGAAAAAGUUUGCUGGUAUUGCGGACAGAAAGGACACUUGAAAAACCAAUGUUUCCAAUUCCUGAAAUGUCAAGAGACACCGGAAUCCCAAACGGCGCGGGAACCUUUGCGGGGUGUAAAGAAAAAGGGGACUGAAGCCAGGAGGGGGAAAGAGAGAAUCAGACGGAAGGGGGUUAAAGCAGCACUACCACACCCCGCAGAGGGACCUUUGCACAACAUCAAACCAGGAGAUUUCGUGUUGGUGAAAAACCUGAGGAGGAAAUCCUGGAAGGCUAGACGGUGGGAGGGGCCAUUUCAGGUUCUGCUGACGACCCACACCGCCGUGAAGGUCGCGGAGCGUGCCACCUGGGUGCACGUUGCCCAUUGCUGGAGGGUUGGUCCUGGACUGCAAGGUGUGAACCAAAGGGAGGACGACUCCAGUAUUCUAGGGGUGGUUUGGACACGCGCACAACAUUUUUAAUAAUAGCUUGGCACAACUGCACCGUGUGGUCAUACCAAACCCGAACCUACAAAGGAAAUUAAUCAACAAGGGCUCACGACUCCAACUCUAACUGUGCUCCAGAGCUCACGACCCCAACUCUAACUGUGCUCAACAUCUUCACUACAAUUAAAAAAAAACCUAUGUAACGAUGAGAGUCAUGAAGCUAUGAAUAAAUCAUAAAAAGGGAGGAGUGUAGUGGAAGAUUUGUAUUAUGCUUUUAUUUUCAUAUUAUUAUGUUUUAUUUUUCAUCCUAUUUUUCAUUUUUAAUAACAAUCAUAAGCUCACAAAUUGUGAUUCAUAUGGAGAUCAUGUUUUGCUGCUAACGUACAGAAUUAUGCUCUUUCUGUCUUUUCAGCAAGUACAAUGUCCAAUGACUUAAACAUCAUGUACCAGCAUGUACUGUCCUAUAUGACAAGAUGUUUAACUGUUUAUGUUCUUAAUCACUGACAAACUGAAGGUUAUCUUCUAGAUGACGUAGAAAGGGAUGAUUGUAUGUGUUUCAGCAUCUUACUAUAAAUGUGUGUUCAACCUUGUAAUCGGGGCUCUUGGGUUUAGACUUCUAGCACCAGGGAGUGAGAGCCUAUUCUGCAGAAUAUAUAAAAUUCAGACAAAGAAAAUUCUGUCGACAGUGUGUCUGUGUGAUCCUUGACUUUCACUCUUAGUGAGGAUUAUUUGAUGCGGCUAAAAUUCCACGACACCGAUACCACUUUUUCCAUCUACGAUCCGAUUCCGAUACCCGAAUUCUGAGUAUCGGCCGAUUCCGAUACCUGCCGAUCCGAUACUACUGUAUUUUUCUUGAGCAAUUUAAAUUACACACAGACACACACACUAUAUAAAUGUGUAUAGUGCUUUCUGAUAAAUCUAGCAUAAUAUAAUUAUAUUAUUUAUAAUUAUAAUUUUAAAGUAAAAAACAAUAAUUUAAAAUGAUUUACAAGUAACAAGAACAUUAGUAAUUAUUAACCAUGGCAGUGUUUAGGAGAAAGUAAAAUAGGCACCUUUGAUCAAAUAAGUAUGCUAAAUAUAUUUUCCUUAAUUGCGCAAAAAGUCACAGUAAAAAAGCUUUAGUGUGAAGAUGGUUAUUUUGGGAAUUAUGCGCUUAACUGGACCUUUUAUGCACAUUUCGAGUGCAGAAUUAAUGCGCCUAAAUCAUAUUGAGUGCGCAAUACUGUGCUUCCUGGAUGCAGCAUUGAUGCUAUAGAAGCAUCCUCACAUGGGAAUCCUUGCUCCGCAAUGGAAAGUUACGUUCAUAACUAUUAAAACACAAAGAGAUUAGAUGCAUCGUGUGGUCAGCACAUACUGAAUUGCAUCCAUUCAACAGCUUACUGAGACUUUAUAAAAUCAGAUCUUUAAUAAAGCCUAACGUUACAGUUAUUGUGUGUGUGCGUGUGUUGAAUGACGCGUUUUCAUCUGUCCGCUUCUCAUCAGUGGAUUAACUCAGUUUGCAAGUAAGUUACAGUGUUUCUGUGAACAUUAAUAUCUUUAAAUGUGAGUUUGUUCCUUCACAUGAAGCUAUUGAGUGUAAGAUGACUUUGAUUAUAGUGCAUAAAAACGUUUAUGGUGCGUUUAUAAUACUUUGACGUUUUAAUCGCUUGUCAGUGACAACCAUGGGUAAUGUGCAGUAUCGGAGUUGGAUCGGUCCUGUUAGUCCGAUAUCCGAUCCAGCAAAAAAGGCCGGAUCGGCCCCAAUACCGAUCCAGAAUAUCGGAUCGGUGCAUCCCUAAUUUUAGUCCAGUCCGAAUGCUCCAUUGUCAGUAGAUUACGUCGACUUUUACCUUCUGUAAAAAGGUCCGGAGAAAUUACCUCAGGUAAUACUAAACCAGUGCGAAUAGACCAGCUGUAAAUAUACACAUAAAUUGGGUCAUUUCCUUUUAAUUUGUGGGUUUCUUUUAAAGGAACAGUAUGUAAAAAUGUAUAUCAAUUAAUCAUAAAAUGGCCCUGAUAUGUCACAAGACAUUAAGAAAUUUUUUCAUUUCAAAUACUUAUAUCACUGACAACAGUGGUAUGGCCAGGAUAUUGUUAUUUAAAAAGUGGAGUUGCAGCCCUCAACUGAUUUUUAUGUUGUCAUUUUGUGUACUGGCCACUAGUUGUUGGAUUGCAGUACCAGUUUUAGCCACAAGUUUUGUGAGUGCAAUACCAGUUUUGGUCACAAUUUUACAUACUGUUCCUUUAAAUUAGGGAUGUUCACAUUGACCGUUUAACCGUUAACUGAAGGUAAGAAUUUAUGACUGAUUUACAUUAUCAGUUAAAAUAAAAAAAUAUUUGUUAAUACAUGGUGCGUGUCGUCAUGAGCCGACAGACAUUUCGCCACUUUUCUAUCUUUAAUUUGUGAAUGUCCUGUAAAUGACACAAAUGAUUGCUGCCCUGACGGUCUAAUAAAGUAAUCAUUUGUAUUAGAAAUCAUUUGUAUGCGUGUUUGGAAGCUGAACGCGCGCGUGUUCGCGCAAGAUGACGCGGUCCGUCUCUCGCACAUCCGGACAGACGUUCGCUGAUGGCCUCUGACCCUGAACAUACACGUCUUUUUUUGCACAAACGGAGAAAGACGACGCAAAACCAAAACUUUCAGAAAAGCGUCCUGCUUUAGAAAUGACCACUGUGGUAGAUGAAACAGAGACAAUCUGCCCUUUGGAUAUUAAUCCUCUGGACAGAUCGCGUGCUUUUUAAUAAGGUAAUGUUGCGUGGAUAUCUGAUAUGUAUGUAUGAAUCCUGGUUCUGUUGUUGAUCUGUCGCUGCUGUUUGCACGUUCAAAUUAAAUGUUUUGUUUUUACUAGUUCACAGACAACCGUCAACUGUAUUUUUACUCAAUGACAAUUAUAUAUUAAAAUCGUAUAAGUUAACGGUAAAUGUUCGGUUUAGAAGCUACGGUUGUCGGUCGGGAAAAUUAACUGCAUCCCUACUUUAAAUAUAAAAGCGCUUAAAGAAGCAUACUUGCAUUCUAGGCGGAAAUACAAGUCACUAGCUGGCAAGUCAGUUCCUGAAUUACACGACACAAACCUUUUUUUAAAAAAAGUCAAAUUUACUUCUCAGAGGCAAGGAACUGUUUCUGAAACUGACGUUCUCCCAAAACUGAAAUUAAACACAGUGUUUCGCGUUUCCCUUGCCUGUUUCAUAUUGUUUGCACAUCUGAUAUCAAGAAGCAAGGUAUUGCGCACAUGACGACGAGAGGUGAUUUAUAAACGUGACAUCGCAGACAAUUUCGGCGCAAAUUAAAAAAAUUGCAUUACACAGAGUUACUACAGAAGAACCAGUGUGUGUGGGAAAACACUGCUAACCUUUCAUGAUACUCUCGAAUCAGUCGUCUUCUCUGUCAGUAACAUCUGACGUUUACGUGAAAAUGCAAGUACACAGAGGAAUCCGCAUGGAAAACACAGCCAACUUUUAAUUUUUCACUCAGUGUCACGUGUGAGAGGCGCUGUCGAGGGGUUUUACGCAGAGAGAGAGAGAGAGCGAGCGGGCGCGUGCACAAGAGAGGCACCACUGAGCGCUCACAACAAUAAAUGAAGCCAUUUUAAAUGAAACUAAAAAUGUAAAUGUUGUGGCCAUUGUUGAUUUUGUGGCGCACACAAACAAAUCAAUGCAUGGGAAACACUGGCACUGCCAGAAGCCGCCAUAACGCGAGAUAAAUGUAAAUAGCGUGACGCGUCGACGCAUUUUUCGCAUGUCGACGUAUUUUCGUAGUCGACGUAAUAGGCUAGUUGCACGAAGCCGCCAUAUUGGAUUUCCGGCCAGCGUCUGUGGGCGGGGAUACUUCCGGUUUCACUAACCGCAAUGGCGUUUUACACAAGGUGUCUGAUGGAUCUGCCAAAAAUCACUAUAAACGAUGUACAUCGCAUCAUACAAACCUCCUCGGCGGCACCAAAAAGUAAGCGCGAAAAGGGAUUUAAAAUGUAUGUGUCUAGUUACAUCGAUAACUAUGAAGGUAAGUGAUAAAUAUAUGACAUGGCAGUUGAAGCUAAAUAUGGCUAGCCUAGCUAACGACCACUACCAGUUAGAUAAAUAUUAACCUAAAUAACUUUCUGAGUGAUUUGUGUAAUUACACAGUGUCCUUGUCUGAAUUGUGUUAAUAUGUUAUGACAUAUUUGUAGUUUCAAACAAAGAUGACGCAGGAAAAGUGAACGUCCGGGCAAUUUGCUACAGAUCUAUGAGGAAACACGAAAAACCUCACAGCCUUAGAGUCAGUUUAGCGUCAGUCUUGUUCAGGGGUUUUUAUGUGGCUAGUGUAAAUUCUGUUGAAAAUUGUUCGUGAUCAUAAUAUAUACUGGAAAUCUAAAUAUCAUUUAACUAACAAGCUUUCACAGUAAUGAGUUAGCUAGCUUACAUUCACGCUAUCAAGUAAGCUAGCUCACGUUAGCAAGUUACAUAGUAAAUGUAUCGUAAACAAUUUAAUUCUUGCAUUAUCAGAGAUUUCAGGUAUCUAGCUCUCAUGGAAACCCCUGACCAUGGAUGUGACGGUUGAUGUUCUCUGUUCAGAGGUGUUCUGUUCCACCUAAACCUGUUCAGUGUUCAUUUUUAUACAAACAUUUAUUAAAUGUACCAUGGAUGUUGAUGUUCAACUUCUCUGUUCAGAGGUGUUCUGUUCCACCUAAACCUGUUCAGUGUUCAUUUUUAUACAAACAUUUAUUAAAUGUUAUUCAAGAUGGUCAUUAUAGACUAGCUUAUUGUCAUGACUAUUUAGGGUUAUCUGAUAAGCGAUGUCUCAUAUAUUAAUAUGUAUAUAUUUUUUUGAAGAUUAGCUUAGUGGAUAGAUCCCCUGUUGAGAUGUGUGAUGCUGAGUGUUCGUGUGUGGCUGGAACAGCACUAUGCAAUCAUAAUGUUGCACUGCUGUAUCAAACUGCACACUAUUCCCAGCUAAACCUUCGCGCAGUCCCUCCAGUUUUGAGUUGCACAGAGACAGAGCAAAGCUGGCACAAGCCAAGAAUAAUGGGUGUGAAGCCAGGUCGAGUGAGUGACAUGGUUGUUGUAUCGGCCAAGACUGUUGCAUGUGGUGUAAGGAGCACACUUUACAAAGCAGUGCAAGGAGACCUGCCUGAUCAGGAUGUUCUUAAAGUAGCAGAUGUUUACAAAGACUUCUCAACAGAGAUUGCACCACUCAUUACCAUGAUGGCAAUUAAUGCUGACAUUCCAUUAGUUGAAUCUUUUCUUGGAAAAGUCCAAGAAGGCAGUCCCAUCUCCUUCCGACAUCCACUGCCAGUGAGUCGGAUAGUAAUUUUUCAUCCAGAUGCCCCUCCUCCACCACUUCUACCCCUAGAUGGCUACAGGCUUGAGCCUACCAGCUGCACGUUUGUAUGCAGUCAACAACAACACUUACAUCUGCAAUCACUGGAGACUACAUUGGACAUGGCCAGAAAAAUAGAGGCAGCCACAAGGGAACAGAGUGACUCUGUAGAAUGGCACAGAUUAAGAAAGACUCGGAUCACCUCUUCUCGCUUCAGGGAGGUCUGCCAUGUUCGUAGAAACAGCUCAUCAGAACACCUUGCUGACCGAAUUCGUAGAGGAACAGCACAGACAGCAGCAAUGAAAAGGGGCCUUUCACUGGAACCUGUAGCCAUUCAGGAGUACUGCAAAUCAAAAAACAUUAACUACUGGCCUUGUGGGUUUGUCAUCCACCCUGAUGCUCCCUGGUUAGGGUCGUCACCUGAUGGUGUGGUCUUUGAUCCAACUGAAAGAGCACCCUUUGGCCUGGUUGAAAUAAAAUGUCCGAAUGCAAAAAGCUAUGUUGAUUGUACCUAUCUAAAAUUGCACUGUGGCAACAUGAAAUUAAAAUCGCAGCACAGCUACUACUGGCAGGUCCAAGGACAGCUUUUGAUCACAGGAAUGGAAUGGUGUGAUUUUGUUGUUUUUGCAGAAGAUGACAUGUUGAUUCAGCGUAUUUACAGAGACAAUGAAGUAUUCAAAAUCAUUAGAGAGAAGGGAGAUUACUUUUUUUAUUAUUAUUACAUGUAAACAAUGUACAGUGAAUGUUGCAUAGUUUGCAUUUAUUAUAUUGAGAUUAUUUUAUGUGACAUAAAUACUAUUAAAAUAAUAACAUUUGUACAAUAAA